AUGUCGACAAUGCAUUUAAAAGAGCACUAUGUGGCAAAUGUUGUUCUUCUCAUCUUUCACAUUAACCGCAAUAAUCCCUUGCAUUUUUUAACAUGUCAAACUUCGAUCUUUCUUGUGCUCAAGGAGCUGGCUCCAGAAAUUCCUGAGCCUGCGCCCAUCAUCGAGUCUGAUGGCAACCGUGUGUUACACCUCUGGAACGUGCUUCUCCCAUUGCUGGUUGUACUGUCGGGCUUGCGUCCCGAGCUUCUUCAAGAACAAUUGGAGGAUAUCAAAGUGUGGCUCCAUGAGUGGGCACAUUUCAAGGCUAAUGCACACAUCUGCACCCGCAAUGCACUGGAAGCUGAGACAUUGCUUUCCAUAGGCAAUGAAGAAAAGGAGCUCCUACGAGAGCUGAACAAGUGGGUAGGAGUGGCAAGGAAGAUGGCACACACGGCUAAGGAGAAAGGGAAGGGGAAUGAGAGGGAGGAGAACCCAGACACAGGUAAACCUAAGGCUGGUGGGUGCAUGUCCACUGGUUCAAAGAUACUUGAUUCUCCCUGCAAGAAUUGCAUGCAGCGCAGGGUCAAGUGCACACAAGGCAAGAACACGUGCUGCGGUCCUUGUGAAUGCUCGCACCGAGCAUGUAACUUCACUACAAAAUGCAAGGCAUCCGAGGCUGUGGUGGCGCCAUGCAAAGUGCCUUGCGUGGCCGAAGAAUGUCUUCCAAUGGUCAAACCGACCAUGGCUGAUGAUGCCGAUGACUCCAGCGAGUCUGAGGUAGAGGUUGAGGAACCGCCGAAGAAGGCGCACCCUGCGCCUAGGCUGGUGAAGCCUUUGCCUGUGUGUGCGGUUGCUGGACCUUCGUGGGUGAGGGCUGACAAUUCCGAACUCGCACACCUUCGUAUGAAUAACAAGCGACUCCAGGCGGAGGUAGACAGGCUGCACACCUCGCAUGAAGACUAUGAUCGGUUCAUGAGGAACAUCAACUACCAGGCACAGAAGCAGCAACAGGAGCUCAUCGCCAUGAGCAAUUGCCUGUACACGUUUUCGGAUGACUGGGGGGUGAUGGGGCAGGAAAUGGAUGAGGUUGUCGCAGGGCAGGAGCAUGCUUGGAAGUAG